UCUCCUCACCUCACCCCUCUCUCCUCUCUCCUUCCAACCCCCUUUUUUUUAUAUAAAUCUCCCACCAUCAUCUUCUCUACCAAUCGCCUUCCCUCGUCAUCUCACUCCACCAUAUAGCAAAACUAACGCUCCUAUCUCUUCCUUCCCUCUUUUCUUCCAAAUCUUUCCAAACAAAUCACAAAACAAAUGGAAGUAGAGAAGAAGCUUGUACACCAACACACUGAUGAAAAAUGGCAAGACUACGUCGAUUGGAGAGGCCGUCCUGCCCUUCAACGUCGACACGGCGGAUUUCCUGCGGCCUCUUUUGUUCUUGUGGUGGAAGUGAUAGAAAACAUGGCAUUUUUGGCAAAUGCAAGUAAUUUGGUGUUGUAUGUGUCAAAACACAUGCAUUUUUCACCCUCAAAAUCAUCAAACACAGUUACUAAUUUUAUGGGAACUGCUUUUCUCCUUGCUUUGCUUGGUGGUUUUCUUUCUGAUGCCUUUUUCACAACUUAUCAAGUCUACCUUACUAGUGCUGCCAUUGAAUUUCUGGGACUAGUACUCUUAACCGUCCAAGCGUACAAGCCUUCCCUACAACCACCACACUGCGACCCAACAAACCCCACGACAAGUGCAUGCCGAGAGCCUAACACCUCCGAAGCAGCAAUGCUCUACAUAGGCCUCUACCUUGUGGCCGCGGGUGUUGGAGGGAUAAAAGGAUCAUUACCAACCCAUGGCGCGGAACAAUUUGAUGAGAGCAGCCCACAGGGGAGGAUAAAGAGGUCUACAUUCUUCAAUUACUUUGUAUUUUGCUUGUCAGCUGGUGGACUAAUUGCAACCACGUUUGUGGUGUGGGUUGAGGACAACAAGGGCUGGAAAUGGGGAUUCUUAAUCUCCACAAUGGCUAUAUUGUUAUCUAUUCCUGUCUUUCUAUCUGGCUCCCCAUUUUACCGGAACAAGAUCCCUUCUGGGAGUCCUUUAACUACCAUAUCAAAGGUCAUAGUAGCUGCAAUAAUCAACAGUUGCACGAACAAAAAUUCCAGCACUGCAGUAGCGAACAUGGUCGCAAGCCCAACAAGUUUUCCACUUCAAACGUCAAAGGAAAUCGAACCAGUAAAGGGCAGCCAAGAGACAAUAACACAUAUUGAUCCUUUGGAAACUCUAACCGAAAGCUUCAAAUUCUUGAACAACGCAAUAAACAAUAAUCCAUCUUCACCAGCUUUGAAAUGCAGCAUCAAAGAGGUAGAAGAAGUAAAGAUAGUCCUAAAAAUCUUUCCAAUCUUCGCAAGCACAAUCAUUCUAAACUGUUGUCUAGCCCAACUAUCAACCUUCUCAGUAGAACAAGCCGCGUCAAUGGACACCAACCUUAGCUCCUUAAAAGUUCCUCCAGCCUCACUCCCUGUAUUUCCAAUAGUCAUUAUCAUGGUGGUGGCCCCAAUAUAUGACCACAUUAUCAUCCCUUUUGCGCGUAACAUCACCAAAAGAGAGACUGGUAUAUCCCACCUUCAGAGGAUUGGGGCUGGUCUAAUCCUCGCAGUUAUAGCCAUGAUCGUGGCUGCUCUAGUCGAGGUGAAAAGGAAACGAGUUGCAACUGAUCAUGGUUUGAUUGAUUCAACUGAACCAUUGCCCAUAUCUUUCUUUUGGAUUGCUAUACAAUACGCGUUACUUGGAUCAGCUGAUCUCUUCUGCUUAGCUGGGAUGCUUGAGUUUUUCUUCACAGAGGCUCCAUCUAGCAUGAGGUCUCUUGCAACCUCGCUCUCUUGGGCCUCGUUAGCUAUUGGUUACUACCUUAGCUCGGUCAUCGUUUCGAUUGUUAAUGCUGCUACUAGUACAGGCCAUGGUCAUAACAAGGCAUGGUUAUCUGGGAAGAACUUAAACCGUUAUCACCUUGAGAGGUUCUAUUGGUUAUUGUGUGUUUUGGGUGGUUUGAAUUUCUUGAACUACCUCUUUUGGGCAUGUAGGUACAAGUACAGAUCAACUGGAUCAAGAAGGUGAAUUAUACAAUGUACAUCUUCCUCCUCCUUAGGUCUUUCCCAUGGACCAACAAAUUACAUCUUCUAGUUGUGUAAAAAAAAUUUGAUCGGCUAAAUUAACAAGAAAGUUCUAUAUAUAUGCAAUGGUAACUUGUACAUCCUAGUUCGUUUUUUUUCCAACUUAAUUGAUUCAGUUUAAAUUUUUUCGGUUUCAGUUAUCA